CUCUCCCUUUCUCUCUCUCUCUCUCUCUCUCUCUCCCUCCAUCAUAUGUGCUGGAGCAGCCGGACCGCCUGGGCUGGAGCAGUAAACACAGCGAGAGGGGCGAGAGAGGAGCAGAGGAACAGGAAAAAGGGAAGCCGGGAAGAGAGGAAAAAGGAGAAGAGAGGAGGAAGAGGAGGGAAGAGAGGAGCGAGGGAUGGCGGGACGGAGGAAGAGCUGCAGCGGUUUCCGGCAUAAACAGAAACCUGGGCGACAGAGAGAGAGCUAGACAGCAAGGGGGGAAGGGAAGAGAGAGAGAGAUAGAGAGAGAGAGGGAGAGAGAGAUAGAGAGGGAUGGGCCUCCUAAACAAAGCUGCACUGAUACAACCAAUCCUGGACUAAAUAGUAUGCUGGAUAAGAGCGAGGUCUCCACUCUGGGUGUGCCCCCGACGGCGUCCCAUGGCGGGUCGGACGGGAACAUCAGUGUGGAGGGAGUGUGUGCCGGCGCGUGCGAGGUGGAAGCUCAGCGCACGCGAGCCGCUCUGGAGCACCUGCAGCAGAAGAUCCUGAAGAUCACAGAGCAGAUCCGCGUGGAGCAGGAGGCGCGAGACAACAAUGUGGCGGAAUACCUCAAACUGGCGCACAAUGCAGACAAACAGCAGGCUGCCCGUAUCAAACAGGUGUUUGAGAAGAAGAACCAGAAGUCGGCUCAGACCAUCGCACACCUGCACAAGAAGCUUGAGCACUACCACAAGAAGCUCAAAGAGAUCGAGCAGAACGGUCUCGCCCGGCAGCCCAAAGACGUCCUGCGGGACAUGCAGCAGGGCCUGAAGGACGUCGGUGCCAACAUGCGUGCGGGCAUCAGCGGGUUCGGCGGGGGCGUGGUGGAGGGCGUGAAGGGCGGAGUUUCAGCGCUCACUCAUACGGCAGCCGUGGUGUCCAAACCGCGGGAGUUCGCCAGCCUCAUCCGUAACAAGUUUGGCAGUGCAGAUAACAUUGCCCACAUGAAGGAGACACUGGAGGACUGCCAGUCUGAGGAGACCCCGAGGGCGCUGAGUGGCAGUGCCACCCUCGUCUCCAGUCCAAAGUACGGUAGCGACGACGAGUGCUCCAGUGCCACCUCGGGGUCGGGCGCAGGGAGCAACUCUGGAGGCGGCGGGGCGGGCGGAGCCAUGUCGGGGCUGGGGGCGGGCAUAAGCAUGGGCAUGGGCAGCCCACGGCUGGACGGGCAUCACCAUCACCAUCACCACUCGUGGGAUGCGCUGCUGGAGGGACUGCAGGAGAUUAAAGCCAGUCAGGUGCAGAUGGAGGACGCCAUGGAGGACAUGAAGAGUCAGCUGCAGAAUGACUACUCCUACAUGACACAGUGCCUACAGGAGGAGAGGUACAGGUACGAACGUCUGGAGGAGCAGCUAAAUGACCUGAGUGAGCUUCACCAGAAUGAGCUGACCAACCUGAAACAGGAGCUGGCCAGCAUGGAGGAGAAAGUGGCUUACCAGUCCUACGAGAGAGCAAGAGACAUACAGGAGGCGGUGGAGUCGUGCCUGACGCGGAUCUCCAAGCUGGAGCUUCAGCAGCAGCAGCAGCAGGUUGUGCAGCUGGAGGGGGUGGAGAACGCUAACGCUCGGGCGCUGCUCGGGAAGCUCAUCAACGUCAUCCUGGCCCUCAUGGCUGUGCUGCUGGUGUUCGUUUCCACCAUGGCCAACUUUAUCACUCCGCUGAUGAAAACGCGCACUCGCGUGGCCACCAGCGUCGCCUUCACGCUCUUCCUCAUCACACUCUGGAAACACUGGGAUUGGCUGGAGGUCUGGCUGCUGCCCAGCUGACUCACAUAAACCUCCCCUGGUAUCACAACUCAACUACAGUGCGGCGGCUACGUUCACAUUACAGGCUGAAGUGAAUUUUUUCGCCCUAAAUGUGAAACAGAUUUUUUUAGGUGUGUGAACACAAAACCUGAUUAUUUUUCAAAUCGGGUCUGAAUCACUUCCUUAUGUGGUCUAGGAGAUAUGGAUCUCUUCUGAUUGGUUAAAAGUUUGCUACUGUAUCGCUACUGCAAGAUUUUCAAACGAUACGAUAUUAUCACGAUACUGUGAUUCUGCAAUACUCGAUAUAUCGCGACAAGACAAUUCUCUACGAUACUUCAGAGCAUCUUCACAGUUAAUGAAGAGGAUAAAAUACUCCAAAAUCAUCAAAUACCAGGAAUUAUUGUUUUAUUUGUGUCAGUUUCACACAAUUAACAAUUUAACAACCAAUAUUCUUCACUGCAGGUUUUUUUUUAAACCCUAUUCAUUUGAUUAUAGCGCCACCAUGUGGGGUAGUAAUGAAGCAGUAACUUUAAUAAUUGGUCUAAUUGGGGGAAAGUAUUAGGGAGUUUAGAGUGCCUGUCUUUUUUUUAAAUAAAAUAUCCAUAUUUGACAGCAAUACGAUAAAUCACAAUAUCAUUAUUAUUUUAUCCCACUCCUUAUGUACCUAAGUAAAAGGAUUGUUUUACUCCACAAUAUUAAAACUACUUUCUUUUUAGGUUACAAAAUAUUAAAUACUGAAUUCUCCUGCUUCAAAACGUUAUACUAUACUUUUACUGUGACCAAACCACAUCACAGUCACAGAGAUGACCGUCAGCAGUAGCAGGUCAACAGCAGCUUUAACGUGGUCAUAAAGCGUAGCACUGUGAUUCAGUUUUAAAUGUGUUCACACUGAAGACAGAUUUGUUUCACAGAAUAAUCUGAAUUGGACUAUCCAGACUCGGCACACAAAUGUGAUUUUCCUUAGCAACACGGACAAGCUUUAUAGCAUGCUGGUAAAAAUCUUAUUUUAUCCUAAUAAGAGACUUAAGCUCCUCUUUACAUCACAGUACCAACAUUCAGAGUGUAAUAAUAUUAAUGUAGGUAUUGUAAUAUUAUACACUGAUGAGGUGGUGAAUCUGGGAUUUUCUGAGGCAUCAAGGAGCAUUAUUACACCAGUAUGUUCAAACACUUGAAUGUUUGAAAUCUAGAGUUUAUUUUGAUGCCAAACGUUUUAAGCAAAUAAUAAAAUCUGCAAUUAAAAUUAAAAAAAUCGGAAGAAAAUUUGUAUUCAUAAAUAUUCAUAAAGUUUUAAGAGUUCAGAAAUCAAUAUUUGGUGGAAUAAUCCUGGUUGGUUUUUAAUUACAGUUUUUAUGCAUCUUGGCAUCAUGUUUUCCUCCUCCACCAGUCUUACACACUGCUUUUGGAUAACUUUAUGCUGCUUUACUCCUGGUGUAAAAGUUCAAGCAGUUCAGUUUUGUGCUUUGAUGGCUUGUGAUCAUCCAUCUUCCUCUUGAUUAUAUUCCAAAUAUUAUAUAUUAUAGAUUUCUCUAUGUUUAUCACAUAUAUAAUUCAGUAAUAUACAUAGUCUAGCACUGCUCCUGCUCUAAAUGUAGGUGUUUAUAUAUUAUACAUCGAGGGAGGUGGAGCUUCGGUCUCUCAUUAAGGUGAAAAAAACUUGUCCAACACGUUUGUGGGCGGAGUCUGGAGAGGGAAAUUGAGCAAUAAGGCCUGUAAUGAAUAUGUAAUGUGUAUGAGCUCUGUAAUGUGAAGGUAGUCAGGAUCACAUUAUUAAAACCAGAGUGGGAGGAAUCCCAUUAAACACCCGUCUAACUGUCUGCAGAAGAGUGGAGGACGAUGGACAUCUGUGUAUUUUUUCACCUUUAAAGAGGAUUUGACGUUCUUGCAUGAGACGGGUUUGAGCCAGAGCCAUCCGGAGGUUCAUAAAAGAGGCAGCUCUACAGACACUGUCGGCUUUCAUGUUGUAAAAACGCUGGCCUUCAAAGUCACCACGGCAACAGCAGACCCACCACCCCCUUUAAUUUACAAACAUCUGAGGGUUUCCCACAUUUUCACAAGACUUCUACAUUCAUUUCACGGCCGUCUGUCGUUUGAAAAGGAUCUCCGGUUGACCGCGUCAAUACUCGUGCAUGCCUUCUCACCGACCCGGUCACACCUGUGGACAGGUACCGCCAGGAAUAAGCUGCCACCGGUCUCAUCUUCACUAUCUUCAUUAUCUUCACGGUCACUAUUAGUGUUUCAGAAGAUCUCAUUAGUGCUGAAUUUCUGGGGAGGUGUUAUAUCUUUGUGUGAUAAUACUUCUGCUGUGUUGAAAGAACAGAUUCACUGUUUUCAGGUCAUUCAGUAAUUAAAAUAAAAAAUAAAAAAAGUAGUAAUCAUUUGCAAAUUCUUACUGGGGUUAAAUAGAACACGAUUAGGCAAUUGUUUCAAGAGUAUGAAUCAUGAAAAAUCUUAUUUUCUUUUGUUUUAUUUGUAGAAAAAUCUGUGAAAAAUACUUCACACUUCCAGUUUUUUUAUCGUUCAGUAGCUCCUCCAUUUCCACUCGCUGUUGUGUUUACUUACGUGAAUCUCCAUGGAAACGCGCACCCAAAGUGUAAUUAGGUAAUUACGGUGCGCAGCAGUGGACAAAUAGCUAUUUUAUUAAAUGUGAGGUGAUGAAACUCAGAGAUGUGCGUCCGGACGGGACUAAAAUUACCAGAGGAGCACGGAGUUCAGAGAAAAACAGUAGAUAAUUCAGCCUGUAAUUUUCUCAGAGGACGUCUGAGAAAAACACGUACAUGAUCGUUCUGGACGGGAAUAAAAUCACAGAGGAUAAAACCCCCCAUAAAAGAGAAAAUUACACCAGGACCCCCUGAGAAACUAAUUCCGUACGGAUAGGGCUAUAGUCUUUAAAUACUGGCAGUUUCUCAGACAGGGAUUAAACCUAAUUUUGGAUUAAGACUAUUCUUGGCAACCAAACUCUUAUAACCAAAGGCGUAUUCCCUUCCAGCUAAUGAUUUUUUAUCAAAACCUCUUUCAAAUGUUACAAUUAACAUUUUUUAGAACAUUCAAUCUGUUUAAAUCAAGUUUUCUUUGAAAGUUCAUAAAUUUUUUCUAUUUAAUUUUUUUUUUAAAUGUUUUUGUAACAUCACUGCAACGUCACUUGUUUUAUUGUUAUUUUUAGUUUUGAAAAUGUUACUUUUCAUAUUUCCAUAAUGUUAGUAUUCUUCUAGCUGGGAACAUUAUGGGAGAAACUCUAAUAAUGUUGUGAUGCAAAUUAUUGCGUCACGUUUUCAGAACGUUCCUCGAAAGUUUUUUGUAUUCCGUUCUGGAAGCUUUUCAAAACGUUGCUAAAUCUUCUAAUAACGUUCUCUGUUUGCUGAGCUGUCUAAGAAAUUUCACUUUACAAUUUAAUUUGCCAAAAAAUUUAAAUGCAUGCAUUACUAGCUAACACAAAUAAAGCCUAUGGUAACACAGUUAGCGUAAUAGCUAACUGAUGCCUUGGCUAGUUUAACUGCUAUAGUCGCAUGUAUGUUAUGUAUUUUUUCCGGAAGGUUAUACAGUAAUAAGUGGCUAAAACCAAAGUAUAUAGCUCAAGUUAUGAGCUAUCAUUACCUGUCUGUUGCGUGGGCAACUGUUUCUGACUGAAAGUGUUAACUAGCUAAUGUUGCUAAAGUGUUGAAAAAUGCUCUGAUGCAUUGUGGGAAUUGUAGUGCCUGUUGAGAAUUUGCGAGGCAUGUCCUGUAGUUCUGCUUAGCAUUCCAGUAUAAUUUGUAAAACUUUUUAAUGUUGGAUUUUAGUUGGGCACAGCAAAAUUUUGACCAUUAAAAAAAUUAUUUAUUUUUCCAAUUUUAUAGUUUUUAAUUUUUGAAAUUUCAAGGAAAAAAUCAUAACAAAAAAAAAAAUUGUAACAGAAACUUGGUGUAAUCCAAUCUACUUUUGUUACACAAAUUGAAAAAUUUGAUUAUUAAAUCAAUAUUUUUUUCUUGAUUCUAAUUGCCUGGAGCAGAAGUGCCAAAAAACACAUCAAACAGUUGAUAUAAAAUAUAUAUUAAAUAUGAAAAUAUUGAAUUUUUUAAGUAGUAAGUUUUACAUUGAAAUUAUUAUUAUUUUUUUUUAUUUAUCUGCCAACAUCAGAAACUGAAAUAAUGAACAUUACACUGAGCCAGUAAAUUGGGUUUAUAGACACCCAUUGAUUCCAAAUAUUACAUUCCUUUUACCUUGUGUUCAUACAUAGAUAUUGAAUUUUUUUUUCUAAUUAUUUAUUAUUUAUUGUUUUUUUAUUGUACUGUUUUUGUAUUGUUUCCCAAAAAACAGCACAUUUAGAAGUUAUAAGGAGUGUUUAAGGCUGAACUGUUUGCUGAAGAAUGUACAACACAGGGCAUCCAAUCAGAUUAGCUGAUUUACAGAACAUAUCUCAUUAUGUUUAAAAGGUCCAGUAACAAAGACAGACUGAUUUAUUCUAAAGGAAUAAACAGAGGCUGUAAUUUGAGCAUCAUUUAUUCAAUGUAUCCUUCAGAAUGUUCUAAAUAACAGUAAAAAUGCUUCAACUCUUCGUAAAACAGUGAAUCUGUCCUUUAAUCACUGGUUAAUGUUUCAUUCUGAACAAAAAAUAAGGUGUGUCUUUGUCUGUUGCUUCCCUUUGUGUACUGUUGAUAUUGCGGUAUACUAGAGAAUGAACCAGGAAAUUGAAAUUGCAGCGCUUUGAUUAAUAAUGGUCAGUUCAUCAUUGCUAUUUUGUAAACGCAGGCGGUAGUCUCCUAUGAUGAAUCAUAGAAUCUAUGUGAAGUCAGAAUCACCGGCAUGUUUGAUCAUAACUUACAUAUUUCUACCCAGUUUGCUAAAAUCCACCAAAAACUCCAUCAUAUUCUUAAUAAAUACCAUUUACAAA